AUGAAUCAACCCCCACCAAACCAACAAUUUCAGCAACAAAUCCCUGCUGGGCACAUCAAUUUUAUCUACGGUACAAACAAUAUCUUCAGUCAACAAUUGCCUCAGCAACAACCUCCAGCUGGAAGUAUAAACAUGAUGGAAAAACAAUUAUUGCGUAUAAGGGAAUAUCGAGAAAUUUACAUUCAUUCAUACUUCUCAUAUUUUCCAUUAUUUAUGAAAAUUCAGAAUCCUCUUUGGAGCUCAAUAUUUCGAGGUCCAGUGGCGGAAAUCGAAUGCGAAGCCAUUAUAGAAUCUAAGCCACAAAGAGGUGCGUUAAAUAAUAAAUCGAGAUUCCACGUUCUAAUGAAUAAAUGGUGGACUUUGCAUUCUGGAUCUCGAGAUAUUGAGUCCCAAAGAGGCUGUGCGUUAAAAAAUAAACCAAAAUUCCCACGCAUAGCCUCUUGGAACUUAAUUAGAGAUGGGCACACAGUAUAUUUUGGGUUGAUUAGGGGAGUCACAGACCCUCCCCCUACAUAA